UAGGGUUUCUCACUCGUCUUCUGCUCUCUGAGCACGCCAAUCUGUUCCUCAGAUUCAACCCUUCGCAUUGAGCCAAUGGGAAAAGCAUUCGACGUGGGAGCCGUUCCGUUCAACUCCGACGGCUGGGGACCACCGGAAACAGCGGCCGCCGGCGGUAGCAGCAACCUUCCUCUCAACGUUCCCUUUGCCCCCUUCUCCCGUUCUGACAAAUUGGGCCGCAUCGCCGACUGGACCCGCAAUUUCAACAACCCGACCCGCUCCAAGAACCCCGCAGAUUCCGUCUUCGACUUCACCAACGAUGACUCCUUCCCGGCCUCCGCUGACGACGACGCCUCAUUCCGCCUCGUCGAUGGCAAGCCUCCACCGCGCCCCAAAUUCGGCCCUAAGUGGCGUUUCCAGCAGCAGCGUCAGCUUCCGCAGCGCCGCGACGAGGAGGUCGAAGCCCGAAAACGCGAACAGGAGAAGGAACGCGCACGUCGCGAUAGGCUAUACCACAUGAACCGCUCAAACCCUAAUGCGCCGCGUCGUGAAGCCGCUGUUUUCAAAUCCUCUGUGGAUAUCCAACCGGAAUGGAACAUGCACGACCAGAUCCCCUUCUCCACGUUCUCUAAACUCUCCUUCACCGUUCCCGAGCCUGAAGACCUUCUCCUCUGUGGUGCUCUCGAAUACUACGAUCGUACCUACGAUCGCAUCACACCCAAAAACGAACGCCGCCUGGAACGUUUCAAGAAUCGGAACUUCUUCAAGGUCACCACUACUGACGACCCUGUUAUACGCAGACUCGCGAACGAGGACAAAGCCACUGUUUUUGCCACCGACACUAUUCUCUCCACUCUCAUGUGUGCCCCAAGGUCUGUAUAUUCGUGGGAUAUUGUCGUUCAGCGCGUUGGGAACAAGCUUUUCUUUGAUAAGCGUGAUGGGUCGCAGCUUGAUUUGCUUUCCGUUCACGAGACCUCUCAGGAGCCACUGCCUGAGGCUAAGGAUGAUAUUAACUCUGCUCAUUCGUUGAGCGUUGAGGCUGCCUAUAUUAACCAGAACUUCUCGCAGCAGGUUCUGAUCAGGGAUGGGAACAAGGUUACUUUUGAUGAGGCUAAUCCUUUUGCUAACGAGGGUGAGGAGGUUGCUUCUGUGGCUUAUAGGUAUAGGAGGUGGAAGCUUGAUGAUGAUAUGUAUCUUGUUGCGAGGUGUGAGGUGCACAGUGUGGUUGAUGUGAAUAAGCAGCGGUCGUUCCUUACUUUGAAUGCUUUAAAUGAGUUUGAUCCUAAGUAUUCGGGUGUGGAUUGGAGGCAGAAGUUGGAGACUCAGAGGGGUGCCGUGUUGGCCACUGAGCUUAAAAACAAUGCGAAUAAGUUGGCUAAGUGGACUGCUCAGGCUCUUUUGGCUAGCGCGGAUAUGAUGAAGUUGGGGUAUGUGUCUAGGAUUCAUCCCCGUGAUCAUUUUAAUCAUGUGAUUUUGGCUGUGGUAGGGUAUAAGCCCAGGGACUUUGCAGCACAGAUCAAUUUGAAUACUGCUAAUAUGUGGGGUAUUGUGAAGUCUAUAGUUGAUUUGUGCAUGAAAUUGAACGAGGGAAAAUAUGUCCUUGUGAAGGAUCCGUCCAAACCUCAAGUUAGGAUCUAUGAGGUUCCGGCUGAUGCGUUUGAAAAUGAUUAUGUGGAGGAGCCACUUCCGGAGGAUGAACAAGCUCAGCCUCCGGCGGAGGGUACUGAGGAGGCAGAAACUGGUACCACCAAUGAUGUGGAAGAUAAGCAGAUAGACGUUCAAGCUUGAGAGGUCAUGGAUGAAAUGUGGUUCUUGGGGUCGGUGCAGGUCAGAUGUGUAUCGGAGCUGAUGGCCGUUCAUUUGGGAUCAGAUCACGCUCAGAAUAACAACAUUUUUUUGUCGGCCAAAAUUUUGCAAUUAACUUUUUUGAAUCAAAAGUUACAAUCCGAACUGAGUUUUUUUAUGCUACCGCGGUUUAUGAGUAACAGACCUUAUCCUUCAA